AUGUUUUGUGGUCAAGAUCAAGACGGCUCAGGCUACAGAACUCGUAUGCAUUUAGCGGAAAUUAUUGGGCUUUUGGGGAUGCCACCGGUUGAAUUUUUGAAGAGUGGGCUGCGAAGCAGGAAUUGGUUUGAAGAUGAUGGUGAGUUUACGUCCGCUUCCUUUUCCCUCUUUUCUCCUCUCAAGACCCUUCUCUGUUGUGAAGGUUGGAGUCUGGAGAUAAGUUACUUAUUUGUCUUUAGGAACAUGGAAUGCGGGGAUAGAGAUUCUCCAAGAUGCUACCUUGGAGAAAUCAGAGGAAAGGCUUGAGGAGGGGGAAAACAAGGACAUGUUCAUGCGAUUCAUGAGGGGUAUGUUGCAGUGGCGGCCCGAGGAUCGGAAGACUGUGAAGGAAUUGCUUGAUGACCCUUGGCUAAACAGGAAGGUGUAG